AUGCAUGGUGGCGGGGUAGACCCUGCCACGUGGCGCUGCAUGGCCGAGGUGGCUGACCUGGACCCCGUCAUGAUCGCUGGCGGUACAGGGCCGUGCCGGUGGACGGUGGUGGUGGUGGUGGAGGAGGAGGAGGGUGCGAUUGCGAUGCUUCGGCGAGCGACGUCGGUUGGAGCCGGGUACCGAUGGUGGGUCGGCGGGGAGGCCGCCGGCGCGUGCACUGAGAGCCUCGGCUCCGACAGCGGCGACGUCGGCUGCGACGCCGCCGAGAUCGACCGCUUCUUCCCGCCGCCGGUUCCGGCUCCGGCUCCGGCUGCUGGUGGUGGUGGUGGUCCCGACGGCGGCGAAGCCAACGCCGAUGCCGAUGCCGGUGCCCGAGCGGUGGAGGAGGCGCGAGAAGAGCACCGUCGACUUCAGGAUGCGGCGGCGGCGGUGGCACCGGAGAAGAGGCGGCGCGGGGGCUUUCCCCCGGCGAUGCCGCGGGCGACGGGGUCACUGGUCCUGCGCGCGGAGCGCCGCGGGGGGCGGCUCAUCCUCACCGAGGUGCGCGCCAACGAGCACGAGCGCCGCGUCGUGUUCCGCGCCGACCGCGACGGCGGACGCCUCCGCCUGCGCUUCGCCAACGACGACGCUGACGCUGCAGCCCCGGACGGCGGCGGCGGCGGCGGGCCCGAGGAAGGUGGUGGUGGUAGCGCUGGCGCUGGCGCCGGCGCUGGUGGGGUGGCUGAUGCGUUAGCUGUACAGCACGGCGGAGGAGGAGGAGGAGGAGGAGCGGGGGAGCUGUGCCAGGUGGCCGCGGCCGCCGGCGGCCGGAGAGGCGGCGUGGAGGUUGGCGCGGUCAUGAUGGGGACGAUCUGA